ACACACUCUGUGGGCUUUGUGUGUGCGGGCAGACGUGUGCUGCGUUGAGAGAGAGAGAGAGCGUGCGAGAGAGAGAGAAAGGGCAGGAUUAAGACACUGUCUGUGGAAGAGGAAAGAGACAGACACAGACGACCACAAAGGGGAGAAGACCAUUUGCAAGUAGCAGAAAGAAAGAGGUAGAGAGAGAUACACAGACAGACAGAUUUCCGAGAAGAGGACGUGCAGCCGCAAGAAGACUGCACACACACAUACACUUAAGCGUGUGCGCACACACUCUCCACACUCCACACACUGUGUAAGGAGAAUGGAGGACAGCUCAGCGAGCGUGGCUCCAGCCUGCGCUUCUACAGCUGCACCCGUGCUGAACAACCAUUGUGGAGAUGACAGCAUUUCUGCGGCUAGUGCAUCAGAUGUGCAGGACCGGCUCUCGUCUCUGGAGCUGCGGGUCCAGCAGCAGGAGGAUGAGCUGACUGUUAUGAAGGCGGCGCUGGCCGAUGUUCUCCGACGCCUUGCGCAGUCUGAGGACUCGGCUGCCAAGAAACAGCAAAGCACCAAAGGUCAGACCCCGCUGCGCGAGGCCUUCUCCAUGUCCUGUAUUGCUAACGGAAGCUCCAGCGGCCGCAAGUCUCACAGAGACAGCUCCACAGUUUCUGUAGCCAGGAAAGAAACGCUGUCCUCUGCAGCCAAGAGUGGUGGAGAGAAGAAAAAAGACAAGCCUCCGAUGGAGGGGAUUAAGGAGAAAGAGGAGCCACCACAGGCUAACGAUAAACCCCCUUCAACACCCAGCACCCCUCAGGCACCAUCCCCCUCCAGCAACCCCCCUUCCCCACACCCCCUACAGCCCCAGAGACCGACCCCGGAGAGCAAGGGGUCCGCCCCGGCAAAAAGCAGGGGCCACAGUGCAAAGCGUGGUGGAGGAAUUGAACGCUCUCAGAGCAGCACAUGGGAAAGUGGGGAGGACAGCAGGAACAAGCUGGUCAAAGCCGCCUCCACCUCUAAAUUGUUGGCCAAAGUUGUGAAGAACGCAGAUAAACACAGAGAUCCAGUUAUCAGCCAAGCCAAAAUGUCAACCCGUGAGAAAAACAGUCAAGAGGGAGACUAUAUCAAAAUGUUUAUGCGAGGACGACCCAUCACUAUGUUCAUCCCGUCUGAUGUAGAGAACUACGAUGACGUCCGAACUGAACUUCCCCCAGAGAGACUUAAACUGGAGUGGGUAUAUGGCUAUAGGGGUCGAGACUGCAGAGCGAACGUGUAUCUGUUGCCUACAGGGGAGAUAGUCUACUUCAUUGCCUCAGUCGUCGUGCUCUUCAACUAUGAUGAACGGACACAGCGGCACUAUUUAGGACACACUGACUGUGUCAAAUGUCUUGCAGUUCAUCCAGAUAAGAUACGCAUUGCCACAGGACAGAUUGCAGGAGUGGACAAAGAUGGCAGGCCACUGCAGCCACAUGUAAGAGUGUGGGACUCCGUCACUCUGACCACACUGCAGGUCAUUGGUCUGGGCACCUUUGAGAGAGGAGUGGGGUCUCUUGCCUUUUCUAAAGCUGACUCCGGCACACACCUCAGCGUGAUUGACGACUCCAAUGAGCACAUGCUGACUGUCUGGGACUGGCAGAAGAAGUCGAAAAUUGCUGAGAUUAAGACAACCAAUGAAGUGGUCUUAGCGGUUGAGUUCCACCCCACUGACGCCAAUACCAUCGUCACCUGUGGCAAAUCCCACAUCUUUUUCUGGACGUGGAGUGGCAACUCUCUGGCUCGCAAACAGGGCAUCUUCGGGAAAUAUGAGAAGCCCAAGUUCGUCCAGUGUUUGGCCUUCCUCAAUAAUGGAGACAUCCUGACGGGAGACUCGGGAGGUGUCUUGCUGAUCUGGACCCGCAGCACAGUGGAACCAGCCCCAGGCAAAGGACCUAAAGGAGCAUUUCAGAUCACUCGUCAGAUCAAGGCCCAUGACGGCAGUGUGUUCACGCUAUGUCAGAUGAGGAAUGGCACACUGCUGACAGGAGGAGGCAAAGACCACAAGAUCAUCCUGUGGGACCAUGACCUUAACCCAGAGCGAGACAUAGAGGUUCCAGAUCAGUAUGGAACAAUCCGAGCCGUGGCUGAGGGUAAGGGGGAGCAGUUUCUUGUGGGCACAUCGCGCAAUUUUGUCCUGAGGGGAACCUUUAAUGAUGGGUUUCAAGUAGAGGUGCAGGGUCACACAGAUGAGCUGUGGGGUCUGGCCACUCACCCGUUUAAGGACCUAUUCCUCACCUGUGCCCAGGACAGGCAAGUGUGUCUGUGGAAUUCAGUGGACCACUCGCUGGAAUGGACCAGAUUGCUGGAUGAGCAUGGUCACUGUGCAGACUUCCAUCCUAGCGGUGCUGUGGUUGCCAUUGGUACUCACUCAGGGAAGUGGUAUGCUCUGGAUGCUGAGACUAGGGACCUGGUGGCCAUUCACACAGACGGGAACGAGCAGCUGUCGGUAAUGCGCUACACUGUAGAUGGCACACUGCUGGCAGUGGGAUCACAUGAUAACUUCAUUUACCUCUACACAGUGUCGGAUAAAGGACGCAAGUACAGCAGAUACGGGAAAUGCACUGGACAUUCCAGCUACAUUACACAUCUUGACUGGUCCCCCGACAACAAGUUCAUCAUGUCCAACUCAGGAGACUAUGAAAUCCUUUACUGGGACAUUCCAAAUGGCUGUAAGCUGAUUCGUAACCGCUCUGAAUGUAAGGACAUUGACUGGGCAUCUUAUACCUGUGUGCUGGGAUUCCAUGUCUUUGGAGUGUGGCCAGAAGGAUCAGACGGAACUGAUAUCAAUGCAUUGGUCAGAUCUCACAAUAGAAAGGUGAUCGCUCUGGCUGAUGAUUUCUGCAAGGUGCAUCUCUUCCAGUACCCCUGCUCCAGACCUAAGGCACCAAGCCAUAAGUACAGCGCCCACAGCAGUCACGUGACCAACGUGAGCUUCAUGUACAGAGACAGUCAUCUUGUGUCGACGGGCGGUAAAGACACCAGCAUCAUGCAGUGGCGUCUGGUAGAAAAGACUCCCACCCUGGUUCCCAGUGACUCCAGCAUCAGUCUGAGCGACUCCCUGAUGCAGAACUCAACCCCCCGGACCCUGGCCUCCGUUCCUACCACACCCCAGACCCCGUCUGAGCCCGUGGUGGUGCCUAACUCCCUGCCCAUCAACAGAACAGAGCCAGACGCCAACACUCCGCCCAUGACGCCCACCGAGACCCUGGAGCCUACCCCCAACGGACAGCAGGACGGCUCACCUGAGACCCCACCUCCUACUGACGAGGCAACACCCACCUCUGACAGCACCCUGAGCCCCAAGGACAGCCUGGAGCCUAGCGACGAUACGGCCACGCCCAGCGACGAGGGCAUGCCCUUUAGCCCACCAUCGUAAAGCUUGUCAGUGAGGUGAUGGUGGCCUGGUGGUCUUCCGACCCUCCUCCUCCUCAUUUUGAGUUCCCAUGCGUACUCUGUACUCUGCGCUCCUCCUGGAGGCACUAGUGUGUCACUGCGCCUUUGCUGCGGCGGGAUGGAGCUAAGAAGCAGAGGCUCUUUCAGUUUUUACCAUUUUCUUUUUCUGUUUCUUUCAUCGUGUGUGUUGUUUUUUUUUCUUCAGAGAGGGAAAAAAAGAUAAAUAAAUAGUAAAGUAUGGUUAUGUGCUGCCCAGGAGGAAUCAUACUUGGAGUGUGUAGAUGGAAGCCAUCAGAGAUAUGGAAAUGGACACUAACAUGCCUGUAUACACUGAUGCACACAAACACUACCACGACACCGUUUCACUCCACCAACUUACUCCAUCUUUCUUUCUUUCUCUCUCUCUCUGUCUCAUUCUUUAUCUCUUCCUUUCUUUCUCUUACAAAUGCACACACACACUUCUCCAACUGUGAUCCUCUACAUACCCUCUGACAUAUAGAGGUUCCAAAUGUUCUUUCUUUCUUUUCUCUCCUCAAAACCAGGAACAAAUUUCCAGAUAUAAGCCUCAUAUCAAGACAGACACAUAAAACAAAACAAAAAAACUACACACACAGACAAUGGCACAUAAUAAUAAUAAUAAGCAGAAAGUGACUCGUAUAACCAGAUAAACCAACCAGCCAAUAUAUUAGCUAAAGAAAUAUGCAUUUUUUGUUGGAAUUGCAAUAAGUGAAAUUAAGUGUAUGCUCAUUGAAAACUAUAAAUUAAUCAUGUUUUGAAAAUGUUUGUGUGAAUGCCAUGGCAUAGCAUGUGUACCUGAGCCUUGAAUUGUUUUAAAAAAAAAAGAAGAAGAAGAAGAAAAAAAGAAGAAAAAAGCCAGGCAGGUAUCCCUGGCUCAUUGGUUGAACUCGACUCGCUCACUGGGUCAUUUUGGCUUCCUUUGCAUAGAUGGCUGUGCAUUGCAAGAAGCUGAUAAUUGGCAUUUAACAGCAGAGCAUAUUUAUCACCAAAACUACACUCCCUCUCUUUCUUUCUCUCUCUUCUUUUUACUCUUUCUCACACACACACAAGCAAACGCAUUUACACACACACAUACACUCAAAGGGUCACUACACACAGGUGUGUAGGCCUGACCUUCUCCAUAUACAGUUCUCCACAGGCAAUAGUUUGUUCCAAGUCAUUCAAUUUAUUUCUGCUGGACUCCUCUGUCUCCUCGGCUCAAAUCAGCUCAGAUCAGAUCAGACUGUCCAAAGCUCAUCUGCGUGCUCCAGAGACGGCCAAUCACCCAAACCUCAAACCGCUUCAGUUUUCUCAUACUGACUUGAUCUGUGCUCCUCAUAUUCAUUCAUUCACUGCAUUUUAAGGCUGUAUCCUUUUCUUCCCUUGGGACUGAAUUGCUUCAGGUUGCGCUUGGAGACUGUCUUUGCCGCUCUAUUCAUUGGACUGAUUUUUAAUUUUUUAUUUGUCAUUUUUGAGAGAAACAAGAUGAAAUGAGUCUUAAAUGUGUUUAGUAGUGUGAGUGUGUGAGUGUGAGUGUGUGUGUGUGUGUGUGUGCGCGUGCGUGGGGGCAGAUGCCCUGAAGUUUUUCUUGUCUUUCAUUCCACAAAUGAGUGUUCACCCUUCCUGCCUCCUCCUUCUCUCCCUCCCACAGCAUCUCAGGAUCACUCACCUUGCCUGCAAGAUCAUCCGAGCGCUUGAGAGAGAGAGAGAGAGAGAGAGAGAGAGAGAGAGAGGACAUCUCUUGUUUCUCUGUUUCUUGCUUUAUUUUUCACUCUCUCUCUCACACACUCUUGCAAGCAUCCCCCUCUCUAAACCACCCCACACCCUGCAGCUGCCACCACCACUUCAGCAGAAUAUUGCUUCGAAAAGAGAUUGGACUGAAUGAUUAACAAAUUAAAGAACAAUAUUUUCUAUCGAACCUUAAACAUCUGAUGCAGUAGUAGCUUGAGGUCAAGCUAAGGUUGUGUGCAUCCUAAGCAAUACUUGAUCAAUAUUCACCGUUUUGUCAGACUACAAGAGUGCUCUAAAGUGCUCUUUUGGUGGCAUUUUCUGUGCAACUGCAGCAUUGCAAGGUAUUGAGUGGGAUUGUAGUGGUUAAGCUGAAUGUGUAAAAAGGCAUGAUGAGAUCUGGUGUUAAAGCAUGUUUUAUCUUCAGAUCUUCAGUAGGAUUUUCAUGCAGUAUUGAGAUGCCUGGAUAAAAUACAUGUGUGCACUCACUCAGUAUGCAACAUUGAGUAUUUGCUGGUGAUUCUUAAAGCAGCAGUAUCCCAAAUUUGUUAGGAGCCGAAAUAAUUGAAUUAAUGGUAUCAGUAUCCUGGCAUGAGUAUGUCUGGGGGAAAAAAGAGUUUAUUUGAUUUUACCAAAUUGAAAACCUCUGGAACAUUAUCAUAAGGAUGCUGGGUGAUCAAAAGCCAUCAAACCAAGCUGAACUGAAUUUUUUCCCCAAGAGUGGCAUAAAAGCAGUGUGUACGACUGGUGGAGGUGAACAUGCCAAGAGGCAAAAAAACUGUGAUUAAAACCAGAGAUAUUCCACCAAAUAUUGAUUGCUGAACUCUUAAAACUUUAUGAAUAUUAAAUUGUUUUCUUUGCAUUAUUUGAGGUCUGAAAGCUCUGCAUCUUUUUUGUUAUGUCUGCCAUUUCUCAUUUUCUGCAAAUUAAUUCUCUGAAUUAUUUGGAAUUUGUGAGAAAUGUUCGUAGUUUAUAGAAUAAAAUAACAAUGUUCAUUUCACUCAAACAUAAACCUAGAAAUAUAAAAAUCAGAGAAACUGAUUCAGAAACUGAAAUGGUCUCUUAUUUUUUUCCAGAGCUGUAUUGAUAUUAAAAUCAGAGUGGUCUGGUAGGUUUCUGCAAUUUCAAUUCUCUACUGUAUUUGAAAGUAUUUCAUAAAUCCUCUACACAUUCUCACCAAUGAUGUCUCUAAAUCCUUAAAGCUUACAGACUGUUGCUUUAACGAAACUGUAACGUGUCAAAUGCUCUGUGUAUGUGUGUGUGUGUAUGUAUUUUAUCCAGGCAUAGUUAGUUGUAGGUUGAAGUUCAUGUUUGAGAAGGUUGUUUCUGGUUGUCUUUCCACGUCUUGUACAGUGUGGUGUAUCACUGCUCCAGCUGGUCUGCCGUUCAAAUAUUUUCUAGUCCUUAUUUUGUAUGGCCUUUUUGGAUUGCUCCCGUUUUUCAAAUGUGAGUGUUUCCGUGAUUGCGGAGAAUGUUGUUGUCGGAUUUCUACAGAUUGAUUUGUAUCGUUCCCACUUUUCGCCGUCCAUGUAUAGCUUUAGUGCAGAAACUGGCACUGUACGCUUACUCAGGGUCUGACCUUGUCACUCUCCUCCCUCUUGCGUUCCCUGUCUACUCUACUACUGUGACUCCCUUAAUAGCCACACACACAUACACACAAACUCACAGACAAGAGAGCACACACCAACGAAAAGGUAGUAUUAUCUUGGGUCUCGCAUGGACGUCCCUCAUGAGCUUUGAGCUUUAAGCUGACUUCAGGAGAGGUUUUCCAAGCAGCCGUUUCCAGAUGCCAUGUGUGCAUUCAUGUCUGGCUACUUUGUGUAUAUAAUAGUUCUUCUGUAUGUAUAUAACUUAGCAGGAAUGCUUCGUUUUCAAUGCCUUGGCCAUAAUGAAGAGCAUGUUUGGUUAUUAACUUUGGGGCAGGGUAGUUAGUUCAGGGAUCAGUGGUGCUGUGGCACGGAGUGUUAUUAGAAAAAGAUCAGUUUUAAAUCAGCAAGUAGAAUGGAGGGUUUGGGUUGGUGAAGGCUCUUUUUGGAUGUUGUUUGGUUAAAAAGAAAAAAGAAAAAAAAAAAGCUUUUGAUAUGUUUGAUACAACCCAGUGUGUGCCUCUAGGACCUGUACAGGUGAAAUUGUCAUAACUGAAUCCAGUUAAGGUGGACAUAUGACAGUGCAGUGACCUGAUGUGGGUUUGUCAAAGGGGCUUUCAACAGGAAUGUUUCUUGAAUGUCACCAAGUUGAGUGGCCUUGCCAUGUGUCUUUUGAACGAAUACGGAGUAUUUUUGAGGUUUUUUGUGGCUUAUUAAAUCUAAAAAGAUUUAAAGUGAAAAGAACCUGGUUUAUAACUGAAGAUGUGAUUUUUUUAAGAUAACAGUUGGAUGGGAUGUUGGGUGUUUAUGUAAUGAAGUUAUACCUACAUACAGUUGAAAAGGACAGUGCUGUAAACGCACCCAAAGCAAAGACACGGGCAUCUGUAGGCCUGUGUCCAACCUCUCAGUGACCGGACUGUUUGAUCUCUAAGGGUCUGUAUUUCUGAAGGGCUUCUACAGUCUCCCAUCUUCAUGUGAGAUGGCUCGUAUCCAAAACACACAGGGGGAGAGAGAAGAGGAGAGAGAGGGAGGCAAUGCAAACUGGUGUGGAAAAGUACAACUCUCCUGGAAUGGUCUGGAUUCCCAGCCAACGAUUGUUUCCACACUAAAGAACCCUGGACACAACUUCUCAGAAUGCUUUGCAAAAUUGCCAGGAUCGAAUAGUCAUUGGAUAAAUAGGUGGGGAGGGAGCCAGCUAACAUACAGAAAAUAACUUUUGUGACAAAACAGCAUGAAGACGGUGAUAAAAAUCAUAUCAAUAAUGAUCAUGAUGCUAAAAAUGAUAUGUCAGUAAAUAUGAACCUUUUUUUUUUUUCUUGUAACAAUGUUUGAGCCAAUCUGUCUCUCAUGCAUUCCUGUCUAUGGGCAGAAAAAUACUGAAGAUUUUAGAAAAUAAACAGUCAUUUUAAACUGA